UCAUGUUAUAAAAGGAAGGGAAUGCUAGAAGACCUUUGAAAAAACAUUCAAGAAAAAAAUGCAGAAUAUGGAAACACAACAAAUAAGAUAUAAGAAAAAUGUUCCCUCAUAAGAUGUUGUGAUUUUUGUUUGUUUUUCUUCUCUAGCUAGUUCUUCUCUUCCCAGUAGACAAUGGCAGUUGCAGCAUCCAUGUUGCCUGGCAUGUCCCUGGCUGGCACCAGUUUUGAGGAAAUAUCUCAAAAUAUGGACUCAGUGAGAAAUGUCACCAUUGUGAUCUCCAAUUACUGUGAAAAAUACAUCCUAGCAAAUCCAAGGCAUCACACCAGCAGUGGAUACUGCCACCGUCCUCCACAGCCUAAGAUCGAAAAACUGGAAUCAGAAGUUUGCUGCUUUUCUAAAACCCCACACUCAGCUCGAGGUUCUGUUGGAGUCUUGACUUACCAAAUCCUCAGAAAUGGAAAAGACUGUGUUGGUGAACUGGCGAUAAUGUUCUCUGUGCCUUACGAUUACAAUUUAUUUCAAAACUACUAUGGGCUCGGCAUUUUUCAGCCAGGAGUUUCAUGCGAUCAGCGUCUGUUUAACCAGAUGUAUUAUGAAAAGGGCCCGUUCACCAGAGGGGCAGGUAAACAGAAGGUUUUAACAUAUUCUGAUAAAGAUGCUUUUGUGAGGGGAAAAAUAUCUAAUUAUUGUCAGUCAAUUAUGACUGUGGAAUUCUGCAGUGAUGACAGUGUUCAGACUGACCAAUCAGUUAUGAAGACUGAACUCCGCAUUGAUGACAUUGUUCGGACUGACCAAUCAGUUAUGAAAGCUGAUCUCCGCAGUGAUGACAGUGUUCGGACUGACCAGUCAGUUAUGAAAGCUGAUCUCCGUAGUGAGGAAAGUGUUCAGACUGACCAAUCAGUUAUGAAGACUGUACUCCGCAUUGAUGACAUUGUUCGGACAGACCAAUCAGUUAUGAAGACUGAACUCCGCAUUGAUGACAUUAUUCGGACUGACCAAUCAGUUAUGAAAGCUGAUCUCCGUAGUGAGGAAAGUGUUCAGACUGACCAAUCAGUUAUGAAGGCUGAUCUCCGCAGUGAGGAAAGUGUUCAGACUGACCAAUUAGUUAUGAAGACAGAACUCUGCAGUGAUGACAGAGUUCAGACUGACCAAUCAGUUAUGAAGACUGAACUCCGCAUUGAUGACAUUGUUCGGACUGACCAGUCAGUUAUGAAAGCUGAUCUCCGCAGUGAUGACAGUGUUCAGACUGACCAAUCAGUUAUGAAAGCUGAUCUCCGCAGUGAUGACAGUGUUCGGACUGACCAGUCAGUUAUGAAAGCUGAUCUCCGUAGUGAGGAAAGUGUUCAGACUGACCAACCAGUUAUGAAGGCUGAUCUUCGCAGUGAGGAAAGUGUUCAGACUGACCAACAAGUUAUGAAGGCUGAACUUCACAGUGAGGAAAGUGUUCAGGCUGUCCAACCAGUUAUGAAGGCUGAACUCCACAGUGAGGAAAGUCUUCAGGCUGACCAACCAGUUAUGAAAGCUGAACUUUGCAGUGAGGAAAGUGUUCAGACUGACCAAUCAAUUAUGAAGUCUGAAUUCUACACUGAUGAAAGUGGUCAGGGUGAAACAAGGAAGAAAAAGACUGGUUGUUGUCAGUGUUUAUUGGGCUGUUUUAAAGGUGAAGAUUAGUCUAGUCACCUGUUAGUCAAGUCCAGACUUUGCAGUCUUUACUAAAUGUCAAGAGGUAAAAAUGUGUACAAGUUUGCAAGUAUUAAAAGAACUACAGCUUAUUAUACUUUAGACCAGUGGUCCCUAACCUUUUUAUCACU